GCAGUUCUGUAGCGUGUUGGUCGAUCGGUCGUGUUGAAAUGUCUGGACGCGGAAAGCAAGGGGGCAAAGCCAGGGCGAAGGCCAAGACCCGCUCCUCCCGGGCUGGCCUGCAGUUCCCGGUGGGUCGCGUCCACCGCCUGCUGCGGAAGGGCAACUACGCCGAGCGGGUGGGCGCCGGGGCCCCCGUCUACCUGGCCGCCGUCCUCGAGUACCUGACUGCCGAGAUCCUCGAGCUGGCCGGCAACGCCGCCCGGGACAACAAGAAGACCCGCAUCAUCCCCCGGCACCUCCAGCUCGCUAUCCGCAACGACGAGGAGCUCAACAAGCUGCUGGGGAAAGUCACCAUCGCCCAGGGAGGCGUCCUGCCCAACAUCCAGGCCGUCCUGCUGCCCAAGAAGACCGAGAGCCACAAGGCCAAAGGAAAAUGAGGCGUGUUUUUGGAUGGACAGUGACUUUUUGAAAAUCUCUUAAAAAACCAAAGGCUCUUUUAAGAGCCACCCAAAGUUUCAUGAAAAGAGCUGGUCGUUCUUUUGAUCUUAGCCCGAGAGCUUAUUUUUGAAAGAGCAGUUGGUUAUAUACACACUUUUAAAAAGUUGGCUUUGAGGGUGAAUGUCAGCCUUUGCAAACUGGAGCCAUUUUUAAUCCAUUACGUUAAACAAAAAGGUAGUUUUGGGAAGUAUUGCGGCACACGAAGGACAGUCUUUCACUCCUACCUCGGU